AUGGCCCACCAGCUCGCAUCCGAGGGCUACAAGAACGUCGUCGUGCUGGACAGGCACAUGCCACCUGUCCCCAAUGGCUCCUCUACGGAUAUUUCCCGCGUCAUCCGCUUCGACUACGCAGACACAGACUAUCUAGACAUGGCCUUGGAAGCGUACAGGAAGUGGUCCCAGCUUCCACGCUACCAAGGCAUAUACUACCAGGCCCCUUAUAUCCUCACUGGCAACACCAGCGCCCACGGGCAGGCGUGGAUCAAAAAGACAACCGCAGCACUUGACAAGCGCCAGCUUCUCUGGGCGAAGAUCGAGUCUGCGCAUGACGCUAAGCGCAUGUACCCUGUGCUCAGCGGACCUCUCGCCGCUGGUCCUUUCAAUGGAUACCUCCAACUACAGGCUGGCUGGGCAGACGCUGGCAAGGCUAUUGCGCAACUACGCGAUGAUUGCCUCGAGCUCGGCGUAUCCUUUAUCUGCGGCGCCCGCGGAACAGUUGUUGGGCUUGAACAGACGGGCAAGGCUGUCACUGCAGUGCGGACUCUAGCUGGCACAGUUGUAAAUGGAGACCACUUUAUUCUGACUACAGGCGCCUGGACCUCAAACUUAGUCCCCAUGUACAACUCCGCGCUCGCAACGGCGCAGGUGGUAGGGUACAUGCAGCUGACAGCGGCCGAGAUGCAAAAAUACAAGGGCCUACCAAUCUACGCGAACUUUGCGACGGGGUGGUUCAACUUCCCACCACACGAGGAGACGCAGAUGCUGAAGAUGGCAAUCCACGGGUGGGGAUACACACACGCACUCAGCGAGACGGACUCGGAAAUCCUCAAUUCAAAGGCUCUUUCCUCACCGCCGCUGAUGCCCCCGCGUGAGCGCGCAAACUUCACACCCCUGGAUGGGGAGCGCCGGCUCCGGGAGGGCCUGCGCGAGAUGCUGCCGGAGCUGGGAGACCGUCCGUUUGCGAAGACUGCGUUGUGCUGGUACACGGAUACUCCGUCGGGUGAUUUCAUUAUGGAUUUCCAUCCAGACUUUGAGAAUGUGUUUAUUGGUGGCGGAGGCAGUGGGCACGCUUUCAAGUUCUUGCCCGUUCUUGGAGACUACCUAGGCCGUGCGUGGAAUAGGACGCUCCCGCCGCGUUUGGCGGAUAAAUGGCGCUUUCAUAAGGAGUAUGAGCAUAGGGCGGAUGCUUUCCUGGGCGAUGGGAGCCGUGGAGGUCCGCAGCGUCGGGAGUUGGACACUCAGGAGCGAGCGAAGCUGUAA